GUAGAAAAAUACUUUUUUUGACCGAAGUAUAUUGCAGGAUCAUACAGCAAAAUGCUUUAUGCAAUGAUUUAUUGCUUUCUGAAACAGUAUCAACCUUAAUGAGCGACGUCCGUUAUGUAUAUGAGGUCAUGAAGUGAGUAAGCGGGAAGCAGACGAGCUAAAAUCAACGCCGAUGUUAUGAUUUUGACAACAAAAUGCAAAGCAAGUUUCUCGUUUAAUAGUGCUGUUGUAGUAAUGAAGAUUCGUAUCAAAAAUUCAUGUUUAAGAAACUAUCAAACCGCUUUUCAGUUUGAUUACGAACGAGCAAAAGGAACUGAGAAUGCAAAAUGGCUUAAACUGACAGGAAAACAAUCGAUGGAGAAAUUUAUACCAUUAACAAGAAAAACACUGCUAAAGACAAUUCUUGAAGACAAAGAAAUGAUUUCAGUAGGUCGAUUAGAUGGAUUCCAGAAACUAGCAACAGGAAUAGAUUCAUUGUUGUAUAUGAAUUAUAAGAAGAAAUUAGAUGCAAUAAAGAGUUUGUACAACCCACUUUCACCUGAUCGAGACACUAUGCAGAUGAAAUCAUUUUCAACAGAUGAGCUGAAAGCCAGAGAAAAAGAGAUUCUACAUGGCCUUGAAGAGUUGUUGGGUGAAGCAAGUUUCUAUAAAUUACCGCACAGUGUAAUGCUUGAUGCAAUUGGCGAGAAAAAUGUUGCUGAAAAAAUGGUUGUUAAAGUUUCACCAGAAAAUUAUGCUACCUUGCAGUUCUGGGUAAUAGGAAUGGAUGUUGUGCCAUUUGAUGACAGACCAUGGUACGUGAUUGCAGAAGAAAGAGCAAGAUCAUAUAAAAAUAGAACAUUUAGACAAUUAGAUCCAUUGUCAAAAUACAAUUUCAGAAGAUCAUUUGUAGCUCAAAUUCGUUCACAAUUAUGGAAGAAGUUAUUUGGUGAAAGUGUCAGACGAAUUGCAAGAUACAAGCGAGUCAUUGUUGCAGUGAGGAGAAAAGAGGAUUUAAAGCUUCUUAUUAAAGGUUUCAAAGACAUACCAUGUGAAAAUCUUGAGUUUCUGUUACCAGAUGGAAAAUUGAAAAUGGGAAAAUUGGACAAAAUUAGACUUUUUGUCCAGAGCUCAUUGAUAAUCACUUUUGUACUUGCAACAACUGCUACCAACCUUAUUGACUUAAAGCUGGAGACAAGUUUGGUUUUUGCAAUAUCAUCAGUAUUAAUCUUGGCAAGAAAUAUUGCAUUUUACAAACGGAUGAGGAAUAGACAUGUGCUUGACAUCUCACAAACUCUGUAUUUUAAAAGUGUUGCCAGCAACCAUGCCCUAUUGGCACUCAUUAUUGACCGCGCAGAAGAUGAAAUCUACAAGCUAUCACUGCUCAUCUAUGCCAUUCUUCAUCAAAUCAAAAGUACACCAGCACUAGGAAAGAGAUUUCCAAAUGGUCUCACAGACAAUCAGCUAAAAGAGCUCAUAGAAGACUGGCUAAGAGAAAAAUUUGAUAUUCAUGCCAACCUGAAUGUGCAGAAAACAUUAAACUAUAUGGAGGAAUGGAAAAUUGUAGAGAAGGUUAUAACCAAAGAAAAAGUAAACUACUUUGCAAUAGAUCUAAAUGAAGCUCUAGAUGCACUUCCACACCUGAAACGUCCACCAUUGUUGCACCAAGCAGACUUAUUAAACAUUAACACUGAAAGAGAGAUUGGAGAUGAAUCUGAAGAAAAUCCUGCUUAUUUGAGUUAUGAUAGAAGAUAUAGCUGGCAGUAAGCAUUUCUAGCUUGCAACCAAGAAAUAGAUAACCUUCAAAAUAUCACGCACUAACAAGUGAUUUGGUUACCAUUGAUUGAAGUAAUGUUGCCUUUCAUGACUUCAAACAAAAUUUAACUGGUGUUCAGGUUUAACAUUAUGCUUGAAAAUAAGAUGGAAUCUGAGUUGUUUAA